AUGGAGUCUUGCCUCUGCCGUCCAAGCGCCAUGCUUGCGGGGAACGGAGGACCCGCACACGCGUAUGGAGCCGACCCAGGCGAAGAGGGAGCGCAUGACCGGCUGCUGCCGCUGUCGUAUCCGGACACAGACGCCAUCCUCAUGUGCGUCAGCAUUGACUCGCCCGAUUCCCUGGAGAACAUCCCGGAGUCGGAGAGUAUGGAGCCUCGUCUCUGCCGCCCCAACGUCAUGCUUGCAGGGAACGGAGGACCCGCACCCGCGUACGGGGCCGACUCAGGCGAAGAGGGAGCACAUGAGUGGUUGCGGCCGCUGUCGUAUCCGGACACAGACGCCCUCCUCAUGUGCUUCAGCAUUGACUCGCCUGACUCCCUGGAGAACAUCCGGAGGAACGGAGGACCCGCACCCGCGUACGGGGCCGACUCAGGCUAA